AUGGCUCUUUACGGUGGUGCUGUUUUCGGUCCCCUGGCCACAAAAUGGUUCCAGGUCCUGCAGAGGCGCAUCAAUCUGCCCUCUGCACAACGGACAGUCAUUGGACGCGUAGCAGCCGACCAGUUGCUAUUCGCUCCCACAAUGAUCGGAGUCUUCCUAUCCAGCAUGUCCGUCUUGGAAGGUGGAAGUCCCAGUGAAAAGUUGGAGAGAUCGUACUGGCCAGCGCUGAAAGCGAACUGGACGGUGUGGCCGUUCCUGCAGCUGGUGAACUUUGCGCUUGUGCCGCUGCAGUUCCGUGUGCUUACAGUCAAUGUGUUGAAUAUCGGAUGGAACUGCUUCUUGAGCUUGUUGAAUAAUGUUGGCCCGCAGGAUGUGCCUGUUGUUGCUUGA